AUGAGUGUGGCACUUGUAAAUCGACGUGAUGUGAUCGAACGUGNGUCAUUUACUGGACCUACCUGUUAUGAUGAAUCAAUUGCUUACGAGUUUGGACCAGGUCGAGGUAUCAUUACAUACUCGUUCCCAUCAUCUUCUGUAGCUGAUACGGAAACAGAUAAGGUGGCUCUUGGUUUUGUCACCAGCAAGGCUGAUGCUGUUCUUCUGAGGAUCGAGUCGUCAAACACCCAGGAUUACAUGCAAAUGGAGAUCAUCCGAGGAAACCUUUUCAUGGUAUACAACGUGGGUGGUGGUGACCACCCGCUUGGUGAUGAAGCGGCCAGGGUUGACGAUGGAGCGUAUCACGUCGCUCGCUUCACGAGGAACGGCAGCCGAUCUGCUUUGCAGCUGGAUAACUACGCCGUCAAUAUUCGACAUCCACAAGGUGGCCAGCAGUCUACAAUCUUCAACAGCAUGUCUACCAUCACAGUAGGCGGAGGGGCAGGCGGCUCGCGCACUUUCAGCGGCGUUAUAGCUGGGCUGGUGGUGGAUGGAGUCAGGGUGUUAGAAUUGGCUGCUGCAGGGGACCCUUCGGUGUCUGUGAGAGGAGAUGCGAGGAGAGCGCAUACGCCGCUGGACAGAGACAUCAAUAGAAUGCAACAGACGCCCCCAUCAGGCUACGGCGGCCCCGGUGUGAUGGACGAGCUGGUGUACUCCGGGGCAGGGUCGGGGUGCCGCGACGACGACGAGGACGCGUGCGUGCUGCCCGACGCCGGCUCCGGGGACGACCUCAUCACGCCGGUGUACGUGCCGUCCACCAGGCGGCCGCCGGCCAGGGUCUAUAAGGCCAAGGGUGAUGCAAGCGGUAAACUGAUGAAGCCUUGUGAUGAUGAAGAUUGUGCGGAGGGUUCUGGGGCGAGCGUGGACGAAGUGACAGAACCUGAACAUCCAGCUACCACAUCCGGAGCCAGCAGUACCCACAGCAUGACGUCACCAACAGCUUCAAUAUCCUCAACCGAACACGUGGACAAAUCUCUCGAGGGCUCCACUGACGGGUCCACCGAUUCCGGUCCCAGUACGAAGGCAGAUAUCCAGACCACAUUGCCUGAUCAUGACAAUAUGCAUGCGGGUACUGUGGAUACCGCUACCACGCCUGAGAGGAAGACCACGCCUACUGAUGAACACACCCACUCCAGCGGUCAUUACACACCCACAAUGAUCGGCAAACACACCCCUGACGAGACCACGCACACAACUGAAGAAGACAAUCACAUACCAGACUACGAGGACCGGCGAGGGAACGAGAUAGAAACACGGACGCCGCCCUACGAGAUAGGGAUAGGAAUGGGAGAGCAAGAGAGGCUCCCAGGCAGAGGCCAUCAGGAUUAUAAUGGAUAUGAUAAGACCACGAAGUGGUACCAGCCGAAGUCGACGGACAAUAGGGUCGUCCCGCCCGAGUCGGAGUUCUUCGCGACUAUUGUCGGCAUAGUAGCAUCAGUGCUGAUAGCAAUAAUACUGAUAGUGAUCAUCGUGCUCAAGUACAUAGUGUUCAAGCUGGACCCCUCGUACAAGGUCACCGAGGACAAGAGCUACCAGCAGGGCGCCAGCGCCGCGCUGCUGGGGAACCAGGUAACAACGACAAUAUGA